AUGGAUAAUAAAGAAGAAGUAAUUACUACAGAUGUUAUAAUUAAUCCCGAAGAACAUAAACAAUUUGAAUCUGAACAAGCUAAUUUAUUGGCUGAACAAUUAUUAAAAGAAAUGAAUGAAGAGAAAACAAAUACUGGUGAAACUAAAAUUAAAAAAGAUGAAGUUGAUACAAUGGUUACAAAUGAUGAAAAUAUUGAUGAUGCAAUUAUUGAAGAAAAUAAAUUAAAUACUCGGUCAACUAGAUUAAACAGUGGCAAAAUUAGUAAAGUUGACUAUAAAUUUGAAAAUAAAACAGCUAGUUCAAAUUCGAAAUCAAAAUCAGUUGGUAAAAAAGUUUCAAAACCAGUAGUUAAAAAGGUCUUAAAACGAAAAGUUUCAACUAAAUCUACUGGUCCAGUUAAAACCAAAAGAGGUAGAGUUGUCAAACCAAUUAACCGAUUAAUUAGCUCAUGA